GACGACCUCAACGACCGUGCCCGUGAGCUCGCGAUUGAACUGAAAGAAGCUGAGCGUGCGAAAUUCCUGGACCCGAGGCCUAACGGUGUUCCCAUUGCUGACGUCCCGAUCGACAGCGAUGGGCCCUUCCGAGACAUGGAGAUACAGAGGCUUUUGUUGUGUCAGGAGCCUAUCAAGAAUGCAACAGCAAUCAGCCAUCUUGAAGAUGCGAUGAACGAGAGAGCCUUGGAGCUUGCGGCUCAAGUGCUGGAAGACGAGCGUGCGUUCCUCGACCCUGCGCCACUUGGUAUUCCUCUUCCAGAGCUUCCUCUCGAUGAAAAUGCGGAGUUCUUGGCAAAGGAGGCCGAUCUUCGUGAGCUUAUUCGCGAUGGUCGGUCGGAAAGUCCUACUGCCAAAGCGUUGCGAAGCGAAAUGCUAAAGCUGGCAUACGAUAUUGCCGCCGAUGAAUUGGCAAGGUUUCGCGCUUCCUACCUUAACCCGGAGCUUGCAGGCCGUUUGGUUGAUGAACUUCCAUUGAAUGCCGAUCCGGAGUUUAUGAAGUUGGAGAAGCAGUUGCGCCAAGCGAUAAAGAAUCCCCAAAGCGACCCAAGUGUAAUUCAAGCAUUGAAAGAGAACUUGAACGUCAGGGCGCUCUUAAAGGCCAAAGAAAUGAAUAAGGCAGAGCGAAAAGAUUACCUUAAUCCGCGGCCUUUGGGUGUUGCCGUGGAGGAUCUCCCACUAGACACAGAUGAAAAGUUUGCUGAACUAGAGGAAGAGCGUGCUCGUCUAAAACGAUCACCUCGAAAAAAUCACGCACUGAUUGCAGACGUUGAGAACGCAUUGAAUGCUCGUGCGAUGGAACUUGCGGAGGAUGCGAUUCGUCGUAACCGCAGUUACCUGGAUCCUUUUCCUGAGGGUGUGCCGUUACAACUGCUGCCGCUUGACACAGAUCCCCGCUUUUUAGAGCUGGAGAAACAACGCGUAGCUGCCCUGUCCGCUGAGCCCUUCAGUGCAGAAAAGUUGCGUGAUGUGGAAAAGCUUCUCAACGACCGUGCACACGAGCUCGCCGUCGAACACAAGCGGGCAGCUAGGGAAAGAUAUGUAAAUCUAGACGAAGUGUCAUUGACGGCACAUGACCUUUCCCUCGACACAGAUGUCCCCUUCCACGAAUUGGAGGCAAGGCGUUUCCAGCUGCUCGCAGAAAAUCUGGAGUCGCAGGCUCACCUUGUCAGAGACCUGGAAGAGGCUCUAGGAAAGCGGGUCGCGGAACUGGCGCAAAUCCGUCGGGAUGAGCAGCGGCAAUUUCUCGAUGAGUACCCCCUUGGCAUCCCACUGUCCUCACUUCCGCUAGAUAAAAAUGCGGAAUUUUUGCAGAAAGAGGCGAUGCUGCGACAACUGCGGAUGGAUCCCCUCAGGGCCGAGGAGGUCGCAGCACUUGAAGACGAAUUAAACGCCAUGGUGCACGAUAUGGCCGCGGAGGAGAUUGCAAGAAGGUACCCGUACCUCGACCCACGACCGGAAGGUGUAUUGCUACGGUAUCUUCCGCUGCAGUCUGACCCAAAAUUCGCAUCACUCUUAUGUGACCUCGAAAACAUUCAGAGCGUUCCUCAAAAAAACCGAGAUGAAAUUGAACGUCAUAUUGCCCUACUCAAUGAUAGGGCUCAUGAGCUUGCCAGGGAAAAGAAAUGGGAGGAUCGGCAAUUCCUCAACCCUGCACCAGAAGGAAUCCCAUUGACGGAGCUACCCCUUGACGAAGACGCCGUCUUCGCCACUGCUGAGGAAGAACGUCGCCGAUUGAUGAACCUUCCCGGCACACAGUACACAGAGCAGAUUAAAAACUUAGAAAACCAAAUGCAAAAAAGGGUAACGGAACUUGCCAAAGAAAAGAAAAACAAGGAAUUUGAAUUUCUAGACAAGCGCCCUCAAGGAAUAGACAUCGACACGCUCCAUCUCGAUGAGGAUCCAAUAUUUAGAGAAACGACACAAAAACUUCGAGAACUUCUAAAACAAGCGGACUCUUCCAACAACGCUGAAAUCGAACAGCUCAAGAAAGAAAUGCAUGACCGUGUACAUGAGCUGGCGAAGGAGAGGAAGCUUGCUGAGCGCGCCUUUCUGGACCAGAACCCGGAGGGUGUGCCGCUCAGCGAGCUGCCGCUCGACGAGGACGAGAAGUUCAUGGCGAUGGAGGAGGAGCGCAGACGGCUGAUUGACGAGGACCCACGCAAGAAUGCACCGAAGAUCGCCUCCCUUGAGAGGGACAUGAAUGAGCGUGCACACGAGCUGGCGAAGGAGAGGAAGCUUGCUGAGCG